GUAGGAUUUGUAAAUUCGCCGCGUCUCUCUGUCUGUCAUGCGCAACGGUGGCACUGCCAUGUUGGAUCGAAAGCUCGGUGCACAGGAGUUCAGAUGAAAGUUUAGAGUCUCGAGACGACAUUGGAUAACCAAACGAGGAUCGCGUUUUAUUUCUAGGACACAGGACCUCUCUCAACCCACCCCCGGCCGAGACACACAGGUCUGAUUAUGAGAGCCUCCGGAUCCGAGCUGCGUUGAUCGGAGAUCAAUGAACGCAUAUUUUCUGUUUAACACUUCCUGAUCACAAGUUCACAUCAUCGGAUUGUCAAAAAUGAGCGGUCCACCUUCAAACAGAAGGCCUGCGAGCAAUGUAGGCUCAAUUCUUCUCACUCCUCAAGAAAACGAAGGGUUCUUCAAGCAUCUGGGCAAGAAAUGCACCAGUUUGUGUUCAGCAGUGGUGCAGGUCUAUGGAGCAGACAGAAACUCGUCCUGGGUGAAGAAGUGCUGUGGGGUGGCCUGUCUGGUGAAAGACAGCUCUCAGAGAUCUUACUUUAUCAGGGUGUUUGAUAUGAAAGACGGAAGACAAUUGUUUGAUCAAGAGCUCUACAACAACUUCUCAGUAAACUGCUCCCGGCCAUACUUUAUCACAUUUGCUGGAGAUACGUGCCAGAUCGGUCUCAAUUUUGCCAGUGAGGAGGAAGCCAGGCGAUUCAAGAGCGCAGUCAAUGAGCUUCUGUUUAGAAGAGGGAGGAAAACCGAAAAAAGACGUGACCCACCUAAUGGACCAUCAGGACCUUCAGGACCAACACUUCCAAUGGCAACGGUGGACAUAAAGAACCCUGAAAUCAACCAGCGUUAUCAAAAUAACACUCAAAUGAACAACUUUAACCUCCACAGCAACUUCAACAGAAAAGACAAAGACAAAGGCAAAGGCAAGAACAAGAAGAAGAAAAUAUCCAAAUCUGAAAUCGGCACCCCAAGCAAUUUCCGGCAUGUAGGGCAUGUCGGCUGGGAUCCCAACACAGGCUUUGAUCUGAAUAAUUUGGACCCAGAGCUAAAGAACCUGUUUGACAUGUGUGGCAUUUCUGAGGCCCAGCUCAAAGACAAAGAGACGUCUAAAGACAUCUACGAAUUCAUUGAGAUGAGAGGAGGAGUAGAGGCUGUCAAAAAUGAACUACGACGACAAGCACCUCCACCUCCACCAUCCAGAGGAGGACCGCCACCUCCUCAAAACUCCGCUCCUCCUCCCCCUCCUCCCUCCAGAGGCCGAGGAGCGCCGCCUCCACCGCCGCCAUCAAGAGUGCCCACCUCCGCCCCUCCUCCACCUCCUCCCUCCCGACCAGGUAUGGGCGCACCUCCGCCUCCUCCCCCCAGCAGAGGGCCCGGGUCGGCUCCCCCGCCACCUCCUCCACCCCAGCCUGCCUCUCUGGCCCCUCCGGCCCCUCCACCUCCUCCUCCUCCUUCAGUGGGUGGAGCACCACCACCACCACCACCGCCUCCUCCAGGACCCCCUCCUCCUGCACCUCCUUCGCAACCAGACGGGGAUGUAGUGGAGGGGCCAGGGGGUAAAUCUGCACUCCUGAACCAAAUUCGAGAAGGGGCGCAGCUGAAGAAAGUGGACCAAAACAACAAGCCGCCUGUGUCCGGUGGCGGCGGCGGCGGCGGCGGCCGUAACGCACUAUUAGACCAAAUACGACAGGGCAUUCAGCUUAAAAACGUACCAGACACUACAGACUCGGCUCCGCCCACUCCUGCCCCCUCAUCUGGGAUCGUGGGGGCGCUGAUGGAGGUCAUGCAGAAGAGGAGCAAAGCGAUCCACUCUUCAGAUGAAGAUGAUGAUGAUGAUGACGUAGAAGAUUUUGAGGAUGAAGAUGAGUGGGAUGAAUGAUGACCAGGGCUGCCCAAAAGAAUUAAGGCACUACAUUGCUCUUGACAUGCUAAACCUUACAAAAUUGUAAUGUAAAUGGACGACCGAUUUGCUGUACAUUUUUGUUGCCUUUAUGCUUUUUUGUAUUAAUCUGUGCAAUACCUCAUUUAAUCUGUAAAGGUUUGUCAUGCAUCUCCUGAGAAGGUUUUAUUUCCCUCUCCUGGAUUCGCGUGCAAUUUUACAUCAAGUUGUCUUGAUUUGUAGAGUUGAAUGUUUUUGGGUCUUUUGUUUUUUUUUUUUCUGUCAUUCUUUAAAUGAACGUCAUCUCUGAAGAACAAGAUGAGCGAGUCUUAAAAUGUUGACAUGGUGACUCGAAGCAAGAACACUAUUUUCAUACUUUUCUCUUACCUUUUCUUAUUCAGAACAUAGUUUAGUGCUGUUAUUUUCUUAAAAACCAUAUUUAGCCCCAUUGCUAAUUUGUAAAUUUGCUCCAAGUUUGAGUCGGUUUCUAUUUUUGCACGAAUCAAAAAGGAAAAAGUGGGAAAACGGCACAAUACGGCGGUUAUGUUUACACAUCGUGUGCUAUAGCUACUAUGUCAGGACUCUCCUUAACAUGUGAGAAACACUACAGUUAUUAGAAAUAAGAGUUUUUUUUUUUUUUUUUGGUUGUUUUUCCCUGAUGGUCAAAAAUGAAUGUUCAUGUGUGCCAUUGGAAAAAAAAAUCCUGAAAUGGACGUUUCGUACAUUCUCAAUGUUUUACUAAUAACACACUGUGAUGCUAUACUAAUACAAACUGAUGGUCCGCAGUGGGUCGGAUCAUAUACUUUUCACUGUUUUUAACAGUGUUAUAGAGAAAUUCAAAUAUGUUUUCCAGUUUUUAUCCUUUGUUCAACCAGGGUUGCUUUGCAUUGAGACUUGAAACCUUCGAAAUGAGGUUGAAAAAAAAUAUUAAAAUUGUACACUCAAAUAAAUGUUAAUAUUUACAGAA